GAAUUGAGAUCGGUUUUUGAAAAAGUCGAUAGUAAUAGAUCAGGAAGAAUUUCCGCCCGUGAACUAUCAAUGGCCUUAUUGAACUUUGAUCACACAAGAUUUCAAGAUUCUACCAUUCUAUUAAUGGUUAAACUAUUCAGUACUAGUGGCUCUCCAAGUACAAGUCUGAAGUCUCUAAACUUUGAUCAAUUUGUUUCGCUUUGGAAAUAUCUUUCUGCUUACAAAAAAUUAUUCAUUGCUGCUGAUACUAACAGAUCCGGUGAUAUUUCUUUUGGUGAAUUCCAAAAAAUUAUUGAACAAAUCGGUUAUAAAUUAAAUAUCGAUUUGGUUUUACAUCUAUUCCAAAAAUUUUCAAAUAAAGAUCUUGAUAAUUAUGAUAGUGGUGUUGUUGGUAAAUUGAAAUUUGACGCUUUUAUUGAAUUAUUGGUUUAUUUAAGAAAAUUAACUGAUAUCUUUAAAAAAUAUGAUAAAGAUCUUUCCGGUGUUGCUACUAUAAAUUUUUCUGAUUUCUUAUUCGAAGUUAGCAACUUAUCU